UGGAAUUCGCCCUUGCUUUAAUCAAGUUAGGGGCCACAAGCAAUAAGUGUUUGGUUUGCCUAACUUGGCUGGCGAGGCGUGGCGGUGAUUGGUGGGCGUGUUUGUUGACAUUCUGCGGGUGGUGAUGGCGCUGGAGUGGAAGACCGCGGCUCGGCAAUGGGGGGUGGAGAAGAAACCCUUGACUGCCCGGCCAGCCACCACUCAUCCUCUGCAGGGGGUGAGGGACAGAUCACUCAAAGAAUAUGAACCAUCUCGAGACAAGAAGCCAAAGACUCUAAUUCAGUCAAUGGUGAUGGAUCCGUUGUCAGCUGUUCUGGAUGACGGUCCAGAUCCACUAAGUGACCUCCUUGCAGCCUCUGAUCCUCUCUCUGCUCAGACCUACACUGCCUCUCAGAAAGGCAUGAAGGACAGCCAGGAGGAUGAGGCCAGUUCCCCCAGCAGAUGGCACACCACCUGGACACAGACCCAAAACCACAUCCUGGCCAAUUUCACCACCUCCAGCACCCUCACCUUCAUGUCCAGCUUCCUGCACCCCUCGGACACAGCUGAGAGCAGAGCUGUCCCAUCCCACAGACGUGUAGUGAAGACUCAGACUGCUGUCCCUGAAAGACACCGAGCACAAGGAAUGAGUGGCAGUGAGCGAAUCCGUGCACGGCUGGAGCAGAUGGACACCCUGGACGAGAUUGGCAGCGGGGUGGUGCGGGAGGUGGGCGGCCUCACGCAGGGGGAGUUCACCAACCGCCUCAGUGCACUCAAGCAGGAGAUGACCGAGGCCUGGAGCUCCGACCAGCGGGUGAAGGCGCUCAAGAUUGCCAUCCAGUGUGUGAAGCUGCUCAAUCUGUCGGCACCUGAGCACUUCUACCCGAGUAAGUUUGUGUUGGUGAUGGACAUCCUGAGCACACUGGCUGACCUGGUGUACCAUCGUCUCAAGCAGAAAGCACUCAAUGAAAGUUCACCAGCCAGCAGUGCAAGUACCGCCAGACUGGAGGCACAGGAGACAGCCCGUAACUGGUUCUACAAAGUGGCCUCCGUCAGGGAGCUGCUGCCAAGGCUGUACCUGGAGGCUGCUCUUCUACCCUGUUACUCACUCAUUGAUGAAAAAGAGGGUGAACAAGCUCUGGUGCGGCUUGCCCAGAUGACCCGAGGCAUUGGAGACCCCCUGAUUGCUGCCUACACCCGCAUGUUUGUGUGUCGCAUGGGUGUGGAUGUUGUGCCCACCCUCACUCACUACAUUGUGGCCACCAUUGAGGACUUCCUGCACACUCUCACUCGGCUGCAAGACACGUGGCCGGAGGGAGAGACGGACAUGAACAUGGGGGAGGACAAAGACGUGCUGGCGCGGGUGUUUGCUCCUCCCCUGCAGUGGAUGAUGCAGUGCCUGGCAGGGCGGGCAUCACACCAGGAACUGCAGAAUGUAGUGCGGAUGUGUGAGGGAGCAGAAGGUCUUGGCCAGAACUUGAUGUUGGCCGCCAUACUCAACUCUUUCCCCAAUGACUUUGUAGCUCUCCACGCUCUUCCUCUCACUCAGCUCAUUGCUUCCUGCCCUUACUCAGGUAAGAGCAAGCAUGAAUUACUGUCAGCAUUGGGGAGGUGUGUAAACAAGGUGCCUCCUGCCCAGCAGCAGCAGCUGUCUCUCCUCAAUGCUGUGUGGAAGCUCAUCACACACAUUCCUCUCACCAAUGACUACCUUGCCACUGCCGGUGUGUGGCUGGAGUACACUGCCAAGCACUUCUCGUCUUUUGAAGUGAACACCCUUCUUGGAGAUGUUCUGAAGCAUGUGGGAGCAGAGCGGACCCAGGAGCAAAUGCAUUACUCCUCCCUUCUCAUGUUGGUGUCCACUGCACUCACCAACUCCACAGACCCUCACUCCCUCUUCUCAAUGAACAACUUCCUUGGCCUGCUGAGUGUGUUCCAGCGUGACAGUGUGAGUGCUGGAGAUGGAGUGACGGGUGUGGUGGAGGCACUGCUGAGUCACCACCCAGGACACAUCACUGACCCGGCACUCGUCCAGCACCUCCUCACUUUCUGUGGGGCGCUGCAUGACUCAAUAAAUGCCCUGACAACAGACGAUGAAAGGCGACAACUUUCUCAGCUGAUCAUAUCAUUCAUUCGACAAGUGAAUUUUGGAAGAGACUUUGAGCAACAGCUGGACUUUUAUGUCAAUGCAAGAGCUGCUUUUUCAAACCUGGACAGUGUGCUGGCUGCCCUCAUUCAGUGUGUGUGUCAGCUGGCUGUGGCCACGUGGCAGGUGGUUCACGGCCAACACUCGGGCAAGACAGCAGCCUUUGUUCGGGCGUGUGCUGCCUACUGCUUCAUCACAGUGCCCUCACUCACUUCCUCUGCCACUCGCCUGCGACUCUACCUUCUUUCAGGAAAUGUGGCCCUUCUCAAUAAUUGCUUGGGACAAGGAGAUGCCUGCAUGAAGGCAGCCAUCAGGGAGUUGCUGGAGGUUGCCAGCUCACAAGAUGCAGAAGGAGGGAGUGUUGCCGACACUCUCCGCACUCUGACAGCAAACUUGGCCUCAACACUCAUUGCCACACCAGACCCCCCUGAUGCCUCUCCUCCGCUCUACCUGCUUCGGGGACUCACCAAUGCCAUCCAUUCAUUCUCAUGGCCAAAAGAAACAGAUACUCAAGCAUUCUUAUCAAUUACACUUUUACAUGCACUCUCUGCUGCAUGUCAAGAUGAUUUACCCUAUCAUAUUCACUCUGUUGAGGGUAAUGAUGCCUUAUAUGGAGGAGACCCACUGGUUUGCCAGGAAGCAAACUCACUGUCAACACUGCUCCUACAAGAUGUUGUCACUCACAUACAGAAUCUUAGUGGUGUGCAUGAGAAGCGGUGUGGCCCCGUGGCCCUGGAGCUGUUCUGGUGCAUCGUGACCUGGGCUGACCUGACAGACACUCACAUGAUGAAUGUAGCCACACUCAUGUGGUCCUACAUCAUGAAGUUCAUUGCCCCUCAGGUUGUGAAGCAAGUCCGAGAGCUGCUGAUGAAGCAGUCCUCCAGUGGCAAGAAGGGUUUCCCUCAGCUGAUCCAGCACUGCAAAGGAUAGUGUGUGUAUCUAUCAUUAAUCUCUUCAUCCAUGUCUCAGGAGAUUAUGUUGAUUUCAACAUUGUUUAUUUAUUCAUAGGGAAAUACUGUGAUAAUCAUUGUUAAUUUUGUAUGAUUUUUGUAUGUAGAGAAAUUACUGAAUCCUAUUAUUGUCUUCAUUCCCAUAUCAUUGACUACUUUGUAAGUGCCAAACUUCAAAUAAACUUAUUUCAAAGGA